UAUUCAGACAUAGUUAGUAAAAUUAUGGCUUGUUCUCAUUGAGUCGUGGGUUCCCUUUGUGUCGUGGUUAUAGAGAUCGCGUGAAAUCACUUGAAAGAACGUUCGCAGGCGCUGCAGUUCGUUCCGGUAAAAAGUUUGACAGAAUCGGCGUUCAUUUUACAGAUCGAAAAUGCGUCAAAAACAGAAACAACCUAUCAGACUGAUGAAAUGCAAGGCAUAUUCUAGGGAAAUGAUGAUGAGUGCAUACAAGGCAGUGAAAGAUGACCAUUUGCCAGUUGAUAGAGCAGCAAUCAUGUAUGGUGUGCCAAAACAAACACUGAGGGACAGAGUGUUGAACAAAGUCAAGAUCAGCUCAAGGUGGGGAAAAGAUUCAUUAUUCACCCAUGAAGAAGAAGAAUUGCUUGUUAGCCAUCUGGAAGGGUUGGCCCAGGUUGGGUAUGGCAUUAAUCGCUCUCAGUUGAACAUUCUUGCAGGUGAUUUGGCUGUGAAACUGGGUAGACGUUUAACUGACUCCAAACUAAGCAACAACUGGUAUUAUGCCUUCUUGAGACGAUGGACACACAGGCUGAAAGUCAUUAAACCAAGGGGUCUUUCAUCAACAAGAGCAGCCGCUGUCACACAGGAGAAUAUUGACAGCUACUUCAGGGAUUUGGAUGCUAUUCUUACCAAGUACUCCCUGAAGUGUAAGCCACAUCUAAUUUAUAAUCUGGAUGAGACUGGCAUUCAGCCAGAGCAUCGACCAUCAAAGGUAAUCACAGGAGUUUCGUCAAGCAAAACUCAAGCUGUCACCUCUCCGAAUACAGGCACCACAACCAUUGUAGCGUGCGUAAAUGCGGCCGGAACAGCUCUACCCCCUUACUAUGUGUUCAAGGGAAAACGGACCAACGAUGACCUAUUGAAAAAUGCAGCAGUUGGUGCCAACUACGCCAUGUCGGAUUCUGGAUGGGUAAACGGGGAGGUAUUGAUGAAGUACCUUGAAGAACACUUUCUGAAAUUUGUUCAACGAGGAUCAGGUGACAUUUCCCAACCUAUACUGCUCAUAUAUGAUGGCCAUGCUUCACAUGUCUCCAUUGACAUAGUCAACUGGGCAAGAGAGCACAAUGUCAUACUGUUUGUGCUACCCCCACACAGUUCUCAUGCCCUCCAACCAUUGGACAUUACAUGUUUUGGGCCGUUCAAGUCUAUUUUCCACAAUGAAUGCCAUCUAUACAUGGCUAAGCAGAGGGGAAGAGUCAUAACAAAAUAUGACAUAGCUGACUUGUCCGGGAAGGCUUACUUAAAAUCCAUGACACCAGCAACAAUCCAGUCUGGAUUCCGGAAAGCUGGCAUAUCGCCAUUUGAUCCGACAAAAGUACCAGCAGAAAUGAUAGUGCCUUCUAAAUCAUUCCCCAAAAUCAUUCCAGAAUUGCCAAUUAGGACCAUGAAAGAGCUCCUAGAUGAAAAGUUAAUGGAAACAGCUCCAAAAGCCAAACUUGAAAAACCAAAAGCUAAUAAAAAUAAGACACAGGACAAAAAGAAGAAACCAAAAAUGGGUGGAAAGGCCAUUACAGAAGACUGUACAUACUUUCAGCUGCUAGAAUACCAACAACAGAGAGAAGAAAAUAACACAAAAGAAAAAAACAAAUAGAUCAAAACAAAAUUUGCACAAAUCACCCCAACCAAGCACAAGCAAAGGAAAUAUCGUGGACUCUGACAUUGAAAGCGAAAUUGAAGACGAAGAUCCAGCUAACAACUGUUGUAUAUGCAAGAAGUUUUCACCGCCAGGAUUGGAUCAGUGUGAUGAACUUGUGAUCGUCAAAUGGGCCCAGUGCACAGCGUGUGGUCAUUGGUGCCAUCUGCGAUUUUGUUCACAGAUCAGAGUAGUGCGCCGGCUAUCUGAUUUCUUCUGUCCGCAUUGUGCUGAAAGAGAGUGUUAAAUCUUUUGACAGUUACUGCAUCUGUUAGGUUGUUUAAAUAGUAUUUUUAUUAAAUUGUUAUGGAUCAGUUAAUUUCAUUCCAUCAGUAUUUAAUGUUUAUAAUUGUUCUUG